AUGAAGCCUCCGCCUCCGAAACCGUUGCAUGCCGGCCCUCCUCGGCAGGCACCGCCGCCACAACCACCGCCCCCUCAGCCGAACUUCGAGAAGGCAGAAGUGGAGGAGCCCGGCGUCUGGGUCAAAGGGGACUGCCUGCUCCUCCCGGCGGCGCCGAUGGCCUUGCAGGAGAAUGCAGAGCCCAGCACGAGCGCGAGCUCUGAGUCGGCUGCGCAGCGUCCCGUGCUCCUUUGGCCGUCUUCCCAGCGACCCCGGCCUGGUCCAGGCAUCCAUGCGGGUGCCGCAAUGGCGAUUUCCCUGCUGAGCAGCGGGGGACGGAUCUUCAACGAGGACCCAAGAGAGGACCCAAGAUUUCCGCGUCCAGCGCCUCCCGCCGCUGGCCUUGACAAGAGGCUUGUAGUGGGCGCGUCGCCCGGGCCAGCCGUGCAAUGGCGCCACAGAGAAGUCGCAGUUUGCCGAUGCCUGGCCGACCGCUUUGGUUGGAUCCGCUUCUAG